AUGGGGGACUGGAAUUUCCUUGGAGGCAUUCUGGAGGAAGUUCACAUCCACUCCACCAUGAUUGGAAAGAUGUGGCUCACCGUCCUGUUCAUAUUUCGAAUGCUUGUUCUGGGUGUAGCUGCUGAAGAUGUCUGGAAUGAUGAGCAGUCUGGCUUCAUCUGUAAUACAGAACAACCCGGCUGCAGAAAUGUAUGCUAUGAUCAGGCCUUUCCUAUCUCCCUCAUUAGAUACUGGGUUUUGCAGGUGAUAUUUGUGUCUUCACCAUCCCUGGUCUACAUGGGCCAUGCUUUGUACCAACUGAGAGUUCUGGAGAAGGAGAGGCAGAUGAAGAAAGCUCAACUGAGGGGUGAACUGGAGGAGGUAGAGCUUGAAAUGCCUGGGGAUCGGAAGAGAUUGGAGCAAGAACUGCGUCAGCUUGAGCAAAGGAAACUAAAUAAAGCUCCACUCAGAGGAACCUUGCUUUGCACUUAUGUGAUACACAUUUUCACUCGCUCUGUGGUUGAAGUUGGGUUCAUGAUUGGACAGUAUCUUUUAUAUGGAUUUCACUUAGAGCCUCUAUUUAAAUGCCAUGGCCACCCGUGUCCAAAUAUAAUUGAUUGUUUUGUCUCAAGACCCACAGAAAAGACGAUAUUCCUAUUAUUUAUGCAAUCCAUAGCUACUGUUUCACUUUUCUUAAAUGUUCUAGAAAUAUUCCAUCUAGGUUUUAAAAAGAUUAAAAGAGGGCUUUGGGGACAAUAUAAAUUGAAGGAUGAACAUAAUGAAUUUUGUACCAACAAGUCAAAACAAAACCUUGCCAGAUAUCAAAACACAUCUGCAAAUUCACUGAAACGAUUCUCUUCUGCACCUGAUUACAGUCUGUUAGUGGAAAAGCAAACACACACAGCAGCGUACCCUGGUUUAAAUCCACCUGCAUUUCAGACAGAUCCAGAUAAUCACAGUGGAAAUGAUGACAAAGGCAUUUUGGAUGAACAGGAAACGCUACUUUCUGAGAUGUGUGUGCUUAGUACUACCUGUGGUCAUCUUCAAAACAUCAACUCAAGUAAUAAAGGAGACACUCAUAAAAUAUCUGGAAAAGAAGUUAAUGGUAACCAGUUGAGGGGAAAAAGAGAAAUUGAUGGCAAAGACAGCGAAAGGAACCACUACUCUGAAGGUCACUGUUCUCUUCCAGGUGAUGCUAUAGAUCUGAACAACCACACGGGGCAGUCACCCCAAACAGCUUUCUCUCUGCCAGCUAACUACACCUGGAAACCGAAAUGGCUUCGUGCUACUUGGGGUCCCUCUGCAGAAAAUGAAAAGCAGGCAUCACCUCCUAAAGGUAACCUCAAGGGCCAGCUCAGAGAGAGCACAAUCAGAACGCUUCCUCCUUCACAGGGAGACUUCCAUCCACUUGACAUUCCAGACACUCCUGAUUCUUUGGGAGGGUUGUCCUUUGAAUCCGAGUUGGUCAAAACCUGCAGUAACCCUACUGCUUGUCCUCCAAAUCAUUUAGUGUCGCUGACAAACAACCUCAUUGGUAGGCGGGCUCCCACAGACCUUCAGAUCUGA